AUGACAACAACACCACUACUAAACAUUCUCAUCCUGGAAGUGAAUCAAUUUGAUAAAAGUGGGGAGGAGAGUCUCGGUGAGUUACUAGAUGAUUCAAACACCUUUCUUCAACUGUUGAAAGACUUGGAAUCCGAUCUUAAAAACGAAGUGGAUGCGGAGGAAGAGGAGUCACAACAGGUGCAAAAUGGCGGGACCCACAACAACACCAAGGAGCAGAUUGGCGGAUUACUGAAACAGAUAGAUACAUGGUACAAAUCAUCAAUCAAUCGACUCAAGGCGUACAACACAGCCAACAAUAAAUUUCUGAAGAAUGUGCUUAAUAAUAGCAAGUUCGGAGUUAAUUUAGAUGACGCCUACAUAUACCCAUUGAAUAUGGAUAAUUACCCAGUGGGUGAUUUUGACUUGGACAAAUCAUUAAACGAAAUAGGGAUAAGUUCAAUCAAUCGAAUUCCGCCAGAAUUGGAAAAUAGGAGCAUUAGGCAAGAAAACCGACAAGAGUUGGUCAAGGCCAUAAUCUUACAUUUGCUAAAGAUUGGACAGAGUAAUAUUGUGCCUGCUAUGGUAAAACAAUUUUUGAAUGACCCUUCCAUUUCGAUAGACGAAGAGUUAGCUGAGAAGUUUAAAUUGCUCAACCUGAUUGUUGAUGAUAUCUGCAUCAAACAUGACUUGACCGACGCUUUGGGCUGGUUCGAAACUAAAUUCAACGAACGAGCUAUUAAAAAAGUGCCAUUGAUUGAAAGAAGUAGUACUUUGAGCGAAGUUGAGUUCAAGUUUCAUAUGCUUCAAUUUAUUAUAUUAUUGAAUGGGAAGGAGCUGAAAUUUACUGCCAAUGAUGCCCUUGAGGCGUAUUUCUACUCAAGAGAUCACUUUGGUAAAUUUUUGAAAGAUUACUUGAAUGAGCUAGCGCCAUUGAUGUCAUUGAUUCUUUUCAACUCAGACUCGGGAAUUGAGAAUUUUUCACGCCAAAAACAUAAGGAAACAGCCAUAAGCAAUUUCAUCGAGAAGCUAAAACAAGGAUUUUCAAUAGAGGCUGAGGAGGUGCUCAGCAAUGGGCGACAAAGUCAAGCGGAAUUUGUCACCGAGUUGCUCAAUAGUUUCAAUGACGUCCAUGAAAAUGACGAGCUAUUUGCCAACUUGUCUCAUGAUUUUGUUGCAGAAUAUUGCAAGAAUUUGAAAUUAUCCAGUGAUUCAUCUUUGUUCCAAAGCGUUUUAGCUGGCCAGAUAUACUUACCAAGCUUUUACAAAUACAAUCUGAUUGAGUUAAAGAUGAAAAAGUUUAAUGAUCGGGCAAAGUCCAGCCAGGUGGAGAAGGAGCUGCUGUCGUUGAGAAGCGUCGCAUCGUUUCAUUUUGAGUUACCAUUCCAACUACCGGACUCAAAUAGGUUCUUGUUCAAAAACCAUCCCAUUUUCAUUUGUCCAAUUACUAGGGAACAAUCUAUACCUCUUUCAGAAGUUAUAGAGGAGUCAAUAACGGUUCACAAUGAUGCAAAAGGUCAAAUAGAGACGAGAAAGAGGAAGCUUGCAGUUGAUAAUCCCCUCAAUACACAAGUGGUUGCCUUAAGGUAUUGCAAUCAUUUGGCAUUGAAAGAAAGCGUCUGGCACCUUUCAAAAAAGGGAAUUGAUGUAUUCAAAUGUCCCUAUUGUUAUAAGAAGCAUAAGUUUACUGAUGCAGUGGAUGCGUACUUUAUAGACUUGUAA